CUCUUCAUAUUUGCCAUGAAAACAUCCCUACCCGAGUGUGUCUCUAAUCUCUCGGAACCAACCCUGUCCACUUUUCAUGUGUUGUUGCGGUCCUCAUUUCCCGCCCGAAAAAAGUCCCGAGAGGAAUUUUCAAGCCUUUUCCAUUUCCAAUCCUCCGAUUAUUUCCCCACGGAUCAUAUCUUGAGAGCCAAAAUGUCGUUGUGGGUGGAUAAGCAUCGUCCCAAGAAGCUCUCCAAGAUGGAUUAUCACGCGGAGCUGUCGGAUCACUUGACUCGCUUGGUGUCUUCGGGGGAUUUCCCGCACUUGCUCAUUCACGGCCCGAGUGGUGCGGGCAAGAAGACCCGUGUCAUGGCCUUACUCCGAGAACUGUACGGGCAUGGGGUGGAUCGCCUGCGGAUCGAACAUCAGGGAUUUGAGACGCCGUCCAAGAAAAAGAUCGAGAUCCUCACCAUCGCCUCCAAUUAUCAUAUUGAGGUUAACGCCAGCGACGUGGGAAUCUACGACCGGAUCGUGAUUCAAGAGCUCAUUAAGACCAUGGCCUCGUCUCAACAACUCAAUAGUGAAGGUCAGCGUGACUUCAAAGUGGUAGUCCUGACCGAAGUUGAUCGCCUCACCAAAGACGCUCAACACGCCCUGAGGCGGACCAUGGAAAAAUAUAUGGCCACGUGCCGGAUUCUCCUAGUCACCAACUCCACGUCCAAGGUGAUUCCGGCCAUCCGAUCUCGAUGCCUGAAUAUUCGAAUCCCAGCCCCGUCCGUGAACGAAGUGAUGCGUGUCCUCCAAACUGUGGCCAAGAAAGAAGGCUGCAAUCUCCCGUCAGAAUUGGCGCAGAAAAUCUCGGAAAAGUCCCAACGCAAUCUGAGACGAGCUAUCCUGCUCACCGAGGCCUGUAAGGUACAACAAUACCCGUUUAAGAACGAUCAGGAUGUUAUGGAUUUGGAUUGGGAAGUCUUUCUCAAGGACACGGCUCAACAAAUCGUCCAAGAACAGAGUCCGAAGCGACUUCAAGAGGUUCGAGGUCGAUUAUACGAGCUUCUAACUCACUGCAUUCCCCCGGAUGUGAUUUUCAUUGGCCUCCACAAGGAACUGGUGAAAAACUGUGACGGCGAGCUUCGAACCGAGGUGACCCAUUUGGCGUCCCAAUACGAGCACCGACUGACCCAAGGCAACAAGAGCAUUUACCAUUUGGAGGCAUUUGUGGCCAAGUUCAUGUCCAUCUACAUGAAAUUCGUCGAGGAGACCAUGGGCGACUUUUAAUUAAAUUCAAACCAACACCAA